AUGAAUCUAUCCAAAACCUACCUUCUCGCCUAUAACGCCCUCGGCGCCAUCCUCUGGCUCCGCAUCCUCCUCACCCUUCUCCUCCACCUCGUUCCCCUCAUCAACCCAUCUCCAUCUCCAUCUCCAUUUACCUCCUCCACUCUAACCUCCAUCUACACCACCCUCGAGCCCCAAACACGAUGGGCUCAAACUCUCGCUAUAGCUGACAUUCUACACGCCGCGGCGGGAAUCACCCGCGCCCCCGUCUUCACAACCUUCACGCAAGUCUUCGCCCGCUCCGUCCAAGUCUGGGCUAUCAACUACGGGUUCCCGGACGUGACGGCCUCGUCGCCCGCGUAUGUCUGCAUGCUGCUGGCCUGGUCGGCUGCUGAUUCGGUGCGGUAUGUUUACUUCGUGGCGUUGUUGUCUGGGUCGGGGUUGGAGGGGGGCGUGGUUAGGUGGUUGAGAUACUCCCUUUUCAUUGUUCUCUACCCUGUUGGUAUCGCUAGUGAGUGGUGGCUUAUGUACAAGGCGACAACGACGACGGAGAGCGUGACCGUCUCUGGGAUCUUUUAUUUUUGUUUGGGGCUUUAUGUACCGGGGUCUAUCAUGAUGUAUUCGUAUAUGAUUAAGCAGAGGAGGAAGGUUCUUGCGUAG